UCCGUCAGUGACAGAAACAACAUCACGGGACUAUCUUUGCACUGAGCAGAUUAAUAAAAUAUUACCUGUAACUGAUCUGUUCCACACCUGUAAUAUUAGACAACAUGUCUAGGCAGUCAAACAGAGCCACGGACAGCAAGAAGAUGAAUUCAGAGUUAUUCACUCUCACAUAUGGAGCUCUGGUCACUCAGCUGUGUAAGGACUAUGAAAAUGAUGAAGAGGUCAACAAACAACUGGAUAAAAUGGGAUACAAUAUCGGAGUGCGUCUGAUUGAGGACUUCUUGGCUCGGUCCAGCGUGGGGAGGUGUCACGAUUUCCGAGAAACAGCCGAUGUCAUUGCAAAGAUAGCUUUCAAGAUGUACUUGGGUAUCACUCCCAGCGUGACCAACUGGAGUCCUGCAGGAGACGAGUUCUCCCUCAUCCUCGAAAGCAACCCGUUGGUAGACUUUGUAGAGCUUCCUGACAACCACAGUAAUCUGGUCUACUCCAACCUGCUCUGUGGCGUUCUAAGAGGAGCUCUUGAAAUGGUUCAGAUGGCAGUGGAUGUACGAUUCGCUCAGGACACGUUAAGAGGUGACAAUGUGACAGAAAUUCGCAUGAAGUUCAUCAAAAGGAUUGAGGAGAACCUGCCAGCUGGGGACGAAUGAGGAUAAGAGACCUGAGAGACUUUUUAUGUUGGGUAGGGAACCAAAAAUGUUUAUUUUGGUCAAAAGAUGACCAACAGUUCCUAAAGCAUUGUAAGUAUUGCAUUGAGAGCUUGUGUCAAGAAGAUUCUCUUGAUGUUUCACCAAGGAUGGCAUGUUUUUUUUCCACCUGGGCCAGGUUUUUUAUUUCAUCCUAAUACCUUCUUAAGUCUUUUUGUAUGACAAGAUGUCUGUAGUGUGUUGUAUGCAUAUUGCAUUUAAAGAGAAAGUUCACCCCCCCCCCCCCCCCCCCAAAAAAAAAAUUUCCACCAUGUACACACCCUUAAGCUGUUUCCAACCUUUGGUUUGACGACCUUUAGUAACAAAAUUGUCCCCCUUGACUUCUAUUUUAGGGAAAAAUACUGUGGAUGUCAAUGGAAAUCCUCAGCUGGCCACAAUCGAAGAGGGAAACUCGUCCUGAUGACAGAAAUUUAAUUUUUGGGUGAACUAUCCAUUUAAGUCGGGCUUAAAGUGUAAUAGGACUAAUUUAUUUAGGCAUAUAAUAAUAAAUAAUUAAUUCUG